CGACGGGAGCGACGAUGCUGCCCUGGAGACGCAGCAAGUUCGUCCUGGUGGAGGAGGAGCCCAAGUGCAAGGCCAAGAGCCUGAGGCCCGGCCUGGCCUACGGCUCCCUGCUCUCCACCUUCCUGCGCUCCUGCCCGGACCUCCUGCCCGGCUGGCCCCUGGACCGGCUGGGCCGCCUCUUCCGCACCCGGCGACGGAAAGUGGAGCUCAACCCGGAGGACCCCACCUACACCGUCUGCUACUUGGGCAACGCCGUCACCCUGCAGGCCAAGGGCGAGGGCUGCACGGACGACGCCGUGGCCAAGAUCUGGGCGCGCAGCGGCCCGGCCGGUGGCACCAAGAUGCGCUUGACCCUGGGCCCGCAGGGCAUCCGCAUGCAGGCCGGAGGGCGGGCAGGGGGGCGAAGGUCCGCUCACGCCUACCUGCUGCCCCGCAUCACCUACUGCGCGGCCGACGGGCGCCACCCGCGCGUCUUCGCCUGGGUCUACCGGCACCAGGCGCGCCACAAGGCCGUGGUCCUGAGGUGCCACGCGGUGCUGCUGCCCAGGGCUCCCCAGGCCCGGGCCCUGGCCCUCCUGCUCCGCCAGUCCGCCCUGGCCGCCUUCAGCGACUUCAAGCGGCUCCAGCGCCAGAACGACGCUCGCCACGUGCGCCAGGCCCGCCACGGCCUUCUCCGGCCCAUGGCCUCCGCCGCCCCAGUGCCCCGCCUGCCCCUGCGUCGCCUGCUCAACGCCAAAUGCGCCUACCGACCUCCCCCGGCCGAGCGGGGACGCGGAGGGGCGCCUCGCCUCAGCUGCAUCCCGGAGGAGGACGAGGACGAGGACGAGGACGGAGAGCGGGGGGGCGACGGGCGGGCCCCGGGCCGGGGGCAUCCGGGCGACGGGCGACCUCUCCGGGAGAGGCCCGAGGUGCUGAGCCUGGCCAGGGAGCUGAGGACCUGCACCCUAAAGGGUCCCCCCGAGCCACGUCCUUGGAAGCCCAGUCCCCUCCAACGGGCUCGCCCGGAGCGUUAAACCGGGGGAGCCGGCGGUGGCGGACGGGCCUCGCCGACCCGACGGGACUGGCACCCCUUCCUUGCGACGCCGGAAUCCCAGGCUGACGCCCCCGCCCCGCCUUUUCCGUCCCAUCCUCUCCCCCAGCCCGCGGGCAGCGGGCCCUCCCCAAAUCUCCUCGGGUCAAACGACCCCCGCCCCCAGCCCCCAACCGGGCGCCUUCGUUCCCUCCCCGUCUCUCCCUUCAUCGCU